AUGUUGCGGUCGUUAUGCACCGCGUUUGUUGCUGCGGUAGUUGUGGUUGCGGCCGAGGACCUAUCGAAUAUCCCAUUUCAAGAAUUCGCACGGGAGACUAACCAGAGUUUAUUGUGGAAUCCUUAUAGACCCAAUGUCUACUUUGGAGUCCGGCCUAAGAUCCCAAAGAGUUUGGUGGGCGGAUUGAUGUGGUCGAGGGUGGACAACUUUCAAGAUGUCCAGCAUAACUUCAGACAUACCUGCGAACAGGGAGAAAUGAAAAAGUAUGGAUGGGAAGAGUUCGAUGCGAGAAGUGGUGGGGUGCAAACGAUGUACGACGAGAAGAAUGGAAUUGAUAUAACGACUCAUUUUGUUAAGAUACCCGGUGGAAACCAUGGAGGCAGCUGGGCUGCACGCAUUCGAGGAAUUGUGAGAGAAGAUGCACCCGAAGACUUGAAGACGACUGUCAUUUACUAUGCGAGCUUGGAGGGGUUAGGACUUUUGGAGCUUGACAACGAGGUUGAUCCGUUAGGAUACGAAGGCGAUGUUUCGCUCAAUGGAGACUCGGAUGGACUUGGGAAAUACAAGUUGACUGUCACAAAAGGAAGAGGACAUCGACCAAAACAUUCGCACCCUUCUUACGCGUCUAAGCCACUUGACAGAACGAUAGUGGCCUCCCUUCAAGCGCCAGCGGAGGUUCUUUGGCAGAUGAAGCCAAUAUUGUUUCGAGAACUGAAAGCGCAAAUCGACAAGUACUUGGAGGAAUAUGGUGAGGAAAAUCCGCCGCCCCCACCACAGGCAUACACGAUCUCGAACAGCGGUAACCCUGGAAAUCUGUACAUGAUUCAAAAAGUGUUUGAAGGCAACUUCGAGUUUGACGUUAUUUUCAACAGUGGCUCGGCCCCCAAGGAGAUAUUCUCUCAAGAUGUUAGCCAACAAAUUGAUCAAAAUACAAGAAACUACUGGGCGAGAUUUGUUGGUACUUUUGAUCCAAAACCUCCAUUUGAUGUGGAGAGUCUUCAAAAGUUUGCAAGCAACAUGUUCUCGAACCUCAUUGGUGGCUUGGGAUAUUUCAACGGAGAUGGGGUUGUCGAUCGUUCAUAUGCCCCUGAGUACGAGGAGGAGAAUGAAGGAUUUUGGGAAGAGACAGCUCAGGCUCGCGCCAAGCAUCUAGAACAAUUAGAAGGUCCAUCGGAGUUGCUUACUACGGUUCCUUCACGGCCAUUCUUUCCUCGUGGAUUCUUGUGGGAUGAGGGUUUUCACCUAAUGCCGAUUGUUGAUUGGGAUCUUGAUCUUACUCUUGAGAUUGUGAAAAGUUGGUUCAAUCUCAUGGAUGAGGAUGGAUGGAUUGGCCGUGAACAGAUUUUGGGUGCUGAAGCACGAAGCAAAGUGCCUCAAGAGUUCCAAACUCAAUAUCCUCACUACGCCAACCCACCAACGCUCUUUUUCAUUCUUGACACUUUUGUCAGUAAACUGGGUGCCUUGAAUGGUACGACUCCACCUGCAAACGAGCGUCUUACCCCGAGAAUCAAUACAAAGCAUCUAGACGACCAACAACUAGGUCUUCAUUACCUCCGCGAACUAUACCCCAAACUCAAGAAACACUACUACUGGUUCCGCAAAACCCAAGCCGGAGACUUAAAAUCCUACGACCGCGAUGCAUUCAGUUCUAAAGAAGCAUACCGAUGGCGCGGCCGCACCCCCCAACACAUCCUCACCAGCGGUCUGGACGAUUACCCUCGGCCCCAACCCCCACACCCCGGAGAACUCCACGUCGAUCUCAUCUCCUGGAUGGGCAUGAUGACCAAAUCACUCAAGAACAUCGCCACGCUCCUCGGCAUCGAAGACGACGGCGCUGAACUCACCACCAUCGAAACAGCUAUCCUCCGUAACAUCGACGACCUCCACUGGAGCGAGAAAGAGAAGUGCUAUUGUGAUGCUACGAUUGAUGAUUUUGAGGAGAAUUCUUUGGUUUGUCAUAAGGGUUAUAUCUCGCUCUUCCCGUUCCUGACGGGUCUUUUGGAUGCGAAGAGUGAGAAAUUAGGACAUGUUCUGAAACUGCUGGGCGAUGAGGAGGAGUUAUGGAGUGAAUUCGGGAUCAGGAGUUUAAGUAAGAAGGAUAAGUAUUAUGGAACGGAUGAGAAUUACUGGCGUGGUCCUAUCUGGAUGAACAUCAACUACCUAGCUGUCGUUCAACUCCUCAAAUACGCACAAACCCCCGGCCCCCACCAAACCACUGCCACAGAUCUGUACUCCCGUCUCCGCAUCAACCUGAUCCAGACCGUCUACACCAGCUGGCAGGACACGGGUUUCGCGUGGGAACAAUAUAAUCCGGAGACGGGCAAGGGGCAGCGCACGCAGCAUUUCACGGGCUGGACGAGUCUGGUGGUGAAGAUUAUGGGGAUGCCGGAUUUGAGUGGUGGGAAGUGGGGGAUUGAGGAGAAGGGGGAGGGGAAGGAUGAGUUGUAG